AACCAGUCACGCUUGCAUUACCAAAACACACAUAGAGCAUUUAAAUUAGUUGCUCUAUCAACUAACUUAAAUGAUUACAUUUACAUAAACUGUCAAAAGUAGCUAAUUAGUGAAAGGAGAAAUCUGAAAAAUAUCCAUAACCUUCACUCAGGGUUUGUAUCGGCCAAUCAUAGUGUAUGUUGCUAGACGGUUACGAUUACGCCUAUGUUUUGUCAGGGUGCACGAGAUUUACGCCUGGGAUAUUCUGGAACCAUCAACGGGCCCUUGCCAACAUGUCCAAGCAUUGAAAGUUACUGUUCCCAGUGUGAGAGAGCAUCCCCAACCACUAACACCCCCAUGUGUAUCAUCUUCUUCAAGUUUGACCCUCGACCUGCAUCCAAAAAUGCCUACAGGCUAAUUUUGGCUGCAAACAGAGAUGAGUUUUACAACAGGCCAACCAAAGCUGCAGACUUUUGGGUGAGCAACAGCGAAAUCCUCAGUGGGCUAGACCUGGAGGAGGGGAAGGAAGGCGGGUCAUGGCUGGGGAUCAACAAGCGGGGCAAGCUGGCCGCACUGACCAAUUACCUGGAGGGAAGGCCCAAUCCAGACGCACAAGGAAGAGGGUUCUUGGUGUCUAACUUCCUUACGGAUCAUAGCCAGGACAGCUAUUCCUACCUGAAGAGGGUGUCAUCUGAGAGACAUCUCUACAACGGCUUCAACCUCCUCACAGCUGAGUUCAAGGCCAAAGAAGACACUAUGUGUUACUAUGGAAACAGAGGCAACACCGAACCCAUCCAUCUAAAUCCAGCAGGAAUCUAUGGUUUGAGUAACUCCCUGUUGGAGACCCCAUGGAGGAAGCUGCAGCAUGGGAAGAGACUGUUCACCAGUGUAGUGAACCAACCCUUGCCCUGUGAGGUUCUGGUCCAGGACCUGCUCAACGUCCUCAACAACGAGGAGCUGAACACUCCUGACCCGGCUCAGGAGAGCCAGGGUGAAGGUUACAGCAGCCCCAUGCUGCGGGUCCUGUCCUCCGUGUGUGUUCGAUCCCCGCAUUAUGGCACAAGGACCAAUACCAUUAUCCUCAUAGACUCAUCAGGGAACGUGACUUUCACAGAGCGCACCAUGCUCAACUGUGACAUCAGCCAAUGGAGCACAAGCUCUUUCCAGUUCAAACUCAAGGACUGACGAUGGCUUUGUGGGAAUUACACUGUGCCUUUCUGCAUCCCUCCUCCUAUCCAUCCUCCCACGGCAAGUUCUGGCUACACCGUAGUGGAAUGAACAUUUUCCUUUUUCCAUUUCAAAUGGUGGUGGGAGAGCUUGAAAUUAUGGCACUUGUUUGGAAAGAGUUUGAUUUGCAUUUGUCAAGUAAUUGCCUUUGGGAAAUAUAUUUUAGCUUGGCUUAGACAUAUGAAUGUCGGAAUUUAUCAAAUCAUAUAUUAUGGGUGUUAUUUAAUCUUAAAUUAUAUCAAAGAACUUGCUAUUGUCAUUAAAAUAUUUUGAAUUGUGUGCUUAAAAAGUGGUUUUAUUGCCAAAGAACAAAUGUAAUUUAACAAACUAAGACAUUUUUUACAUUUCACAUUGCAUCUAUUUACUCAGCACUCGAUUGCUGAGAAAGACGAGAACUAAAAGGUUGAAAAGUAAUUUCUGGCUUCGUGCCUCAGACUGCCAUCUCCUAGGUGAGUUGGUUUGCAUCUCAAGAGUGUAAAAUGGUAACACUCAUAGAAGCAGCAGCAGCCAUCACCUAUCUGUAUAAAAAGCUGUAAAAAUAAUGACAGGUUUGAUUUCCUAAAUGUUAAUCUCAGGUGUUAUAACCUUCCUGUGACAUAAUUAUGAAGGCAUAUUACAACAGCCUGCCUUGUACUAUAAUAAUUAUCAUUGCACUGGAUUUUGACUUUGUGACCCAGGUUUGCUAGUUACAAGUAAAACACAUAGGAAAGGACUUGAAAUGUUUUUUCUAAAUGGGAAGCAAGUUUUUCUUGUUAUAUUUUCUGCCUUGUUCCACAUACUGCAUAGGAGAACAGAUUGCCUUGCUGUGAAAUAACUGAAAGGAUUCAUUUUGUCACUCACACCUUCAGUGUUCUGUGGGUCUUACCCACUUUUUCUCUAUGUAUAACAGUCCGUUACACUCACAAAUUGUAAUGACCGUUUCAAGUUUUGUGUGUUGAUGUGUACCAUCGAGGAUCCCAGUGGUUUUUUUGUAACUGACCUCAGGUAUCCAUAGAAGUAUAGAAACCUCUGUUUACCAUGUCACUGUUGUCUUGAUAUCUUUUGUGAAUAAAGUACUUUUUCAUCUGUA